GAUGAGUGGAGCGCGUGUAUUAGCCACCGAUUUAGCUGGUGAAGCUUAGCCCUAACGUUAGCCCUGUUUCGACGUUUUUAUUGGCAAAUUUGUGGAAAUAUAUUCACAGUGCAGGAAUACCUCUACGCAACCAAAGAGAGGACGUUUCCAGACGUCUGCUGAUUCCAGUCCAGUUACAUCUGAACAAAGACGAAGAUCCUUUCAAUUCUUUACCUGGUUUGCUACAAACAAAGCUGCUGGAAAGCAUAAGAAGAAAUCUUCUUUACAAGAUUUUUUUAUUUUCUUCAAACAACCUUUAGGAUCCCCACCACUUUGCUCUUGGCCUUCAGAGCCACCCUUGCAUCGUUCUUAUCAGUGUAAUGGCUACAGGAUGUUGUCUAAUCACCUUUUUGGGCCUAUUUUUCCCUAUAUAGUGAUGAUUCUUCUCACUUGUUAUUUUUGAACUCUGAACCUGCGGAUGUGCUAUAAAUAAAUGUGUUUCUACUCAGUGACUGAGAAAGAUGGGAGUUAUGGACAUUUUUUUUAAUUUAAAAUUUCUCUUGGCUUAAUAUAAAUGAGUGCGGUUGUUUUGGGACUUGCAGGAAUUUACGACACAAACUAACCAAAAACAUUUCAAAUGAAGUCAAACCAGCUUGAGCUGGGAGGAGAAGCUGAGGAAAGUAACGCCGUGGACCUUCCUGAGAACAGAAAGCUCAACAAUGUCACGGAAGAUGAUAAAAGUGAGGAAGAGGAGGAGAGAAGAACAGUCCGGAUUCCCCGGUAUCGCUGGGUAAUGCACGCAGCUGUGAUGUUUGGACGUGAGUUUUGCUACGCCAUGGAAACUGCCCUGGUGACACCAGUGCUUCUACAGAUAGGUCUUCCUGAGCAGUAUUAUAGUUUAACCUGGUUUCUCAGUCCCAUCCUGGGUCUUCUGUUCACCCCACUGAUCGGCUCGGCCAGUGACCGCUGCAGUCUGCGAUGGGGCCGGAGGAGACCAUUCAUUCUGGCUCUUUGCAUGGGAGUGCUGCUCGGUGUGGCACUAUUUUUGAAUGGAUCAUUGAUCGGCCUUUCUAUCGGUGACAGCCCAAACAGCCAACCAAUUGGUGUCGUUCUUACUGUUGUUGGUGUUGUGGUGCUGGAUUUCUGCGCUGAUGCCUCUGAGGGACCAAUCAGAGCUUACCUUCUUGAUGUUGCUGAUGCCAAUGAGCAAGACAUGGCUCUGAAUAUACAUGGCCUCUCCGCUGGACUUGGCGGGGCAGUUGGCUACAUGUUGGGAGGCCUGGACUGGACAGGCACAGCUCUGGGUAGAGCGUUCAAGUCACAAGAACAAGUCCUCUUCCUGUUUGCAGGCAUUAUCUUCAUUAUUUCGGUCACACUCCAUAUGCUCAGUAUCCCUGAGAGGACGUGUGCCUCACCCAACCAGGUGAAAGAUGGAGAAGGUGAAGAGACUUCCAGUCAGUUGUCCGUAAAACUGGUUGGCUACACACGACCUUCUCUCAACGCAAUUGCAGAGGAGGAUGCUUUUGCACUAGCCUCUUCCCAAGAGGAGAAAGAAUCACAUCCUGAGGAAGGGGAAAUUGAUUUUCUAGCUGUGGACAGAGUUUGGAGUAAAAGUGAUUCAGUUCUCGCCAUGCCAGAUGCUACAAUCGAGUUGGACUCUGACCUUCAUCUAGACCGAGAGGUUUUCCUGCCUGAGGUGCAUUUUUUACCAGAAGACCUGAACAAUGGUUUUAAGCCAUUAGACACCGGUUUGGAGUCAUCAUCACCUCCUGAUGACGGAACCACUCUCACUGAUGGGACAGUGGUCCUAGAGCCUACAAAUACAGAUGUGCCUCAGAUAAAGGAUCCAACCAAUGGCCAGCCUUCAUUCCCUCAGACAAGUUCAGCUUCAGAGAAUGCACAUCAUGGGAGAGCUGCUAAUGGAAUCAGUGCUGGGUUCCCUACUUCUCGUGCCUUGAAUACAGUUAAAGGCCACACCUCCACCAAACCAGGAAACCGCCCCGGCAAUACUUUUGUUUCAUCCUGGCAACAUCCACCCACCUUCUACAGACAGCCCUCCUUUACGUUUUCAUAUUACGGUCGAGUGGGAUUACAACGCUAUAGACUGCGACGCACAAGACCUGCAAGCCCUCGGCCAAUCACCACCUCCCGCAGCUUGACUGAUCUUCGGGACAUCCUGCACCACGUGCACAGAAGAAAGCGGCAGCCAUCUGUAAGCAGUCUUUCAUCUGAGGGAUCCAGCAGUGAUGGUGAAACGGAGAGGGGUACUACGGUGCGACUGCUUUGGCUGUCCAUGUUCAAGAUGCCAAAGCAGCUCUGGAGACUAUGUGUAUGUCACCUCUUUACAUGGUUCUCCAUUAUUGCUGAAGCUGUGUUUUACACUGAUUUCAUGGGUCAGGUCAUUUUCAGUGGAGACCCUACGGCGCCAGCCAAUUCCACAGAGCUCCAAAAUUAUCACAGAGGAGUGCAGAUGGGGUGCUGGGGCCUGGUGGUGUAUGCUGCUACCGCUGCUGUCUGCUCUGCCAUCCUUCAGAAGUCUCUGGAUAAUUUUGAUCUGAGUAUUAGGGUCAUCUAUGUUGUGGGAACUCUGGGCUUCUCAAUAGGAACUGCUAUUAUGGCAAUCUUCCCUAAUGUUUACGUUGCCAUGGUGAUGAUCAGUACCAUGGGAAUCAUCUCCAUGAGUAUCUCCUACUGUCCCUACGCUUUACUCGGACAGUACCAUGAAAUCAAAGAGUACAUUAACCAUAGUCCAGCCAACACUAAAAGAGGCUUUGGUAUAGACUGUGCUAUAUUAACCUGCCAGGUUUACAUCAGCCAGAUUUUGGUGGCAUCAGCUCUUGGAUCUGUGGUCGAGGCUGUCGACAGUGUGCGUGUCAUUCCGGUUGUGGCCUCCGGGGGCUCCUUUCUUGGCUUCCUCACUGCGUGUUUUUUAGUAAUCUAUCCUGACCCAGAGCCCAGCAGCUCUGAGCAGGAUCAGGACUCUGAUGCUCUACCUGGGGAGGAGGAUCAAAAAGGGGAAGAGACCAGUAACCACAGACUAGCUCUGCUCAACCUCACAGACAAGACCAGAGAAGACUCUGCUACCUGAGGGUAAAAAAAAACAAAAAAAACUGCCAUGAUAAUUUUACUCAGCCACCAAAAGAUCCUUCAUGUGUGGAUUAUACCAAACUUAGCUGGUAUGCAUGUGUGAUGGGCUGUGCCUUGCGGAGUAGCAUAGAACCACAAAGGAGGGAAAACAUGGCAGAGAAAUGUAUAGAGAAAUGUUGGACAAGUAGGUUUAGAUUAGUGGAGAAGAGGAGGAUGGAAUUUUAAAGCAGCGGCAGCUUAAGUAUGAGCAUUUGCUACCUCAACACUAAGAAAAAUAAUAUUUAGCUGGUCAAUUCACUACAACUAAGCCCUGUAAAAAAUAAAACCCAAGCUCUAGCUGUUUGGUCAUGCUGGUGAAAUGUCUUUAGUUCAGACUACUGAAAGCACAAAGCACUUUGACUUUUGAACAGUGCUGUCAUGCUGAUGGUGCCAGAUAUCACCGAUGUGUCACAUUUCACUCUUUGCUGCUGCUUCUUAACUGUCAAAUAGACAAUCAUAAAGCUGUAGAUGGGGUACAUGGUACAACCCCGCAUAUUUUCAGGCUGUAUACAAAUAUAAGUAUUUCAUGGACAUUUCACUGCUAUUUUACAAAUACUAAAAAAAUGUCAAAACGUUACAGGCCUCUUGGGUUUAUUCUAGCUGCAAAAAAUGUAUACAAUCAAAAAGGAGUUUUCUUUAAUCAUAUCUUAGUUGUUAUAUUUAAUCAUAUUGUAAUUUGUGUCGGCUAAAGUUGAUCUCUCAGGGUGACUGUUUACAAUCUUAAAUUUAUAAACUAUUUUUGAACAUGAGGAAGAAGGAAGUGAGGCAUUGGGGAUAAAGGGGAUUUAUUGUUUUUAUUUUUUUGCUUUCCUUGAAAGCAAACUGACCUUUACCCUGCUCUACAUACCUAUGAGAUCAGCUGGUAGCUGUAAAUCUGUCCUCUGUUAGAGAAAAUACACAAGAGAAUAAUACGCAUGCAAGGAAUGAGAAAAACGUAAUAAUAAUAAUAAAACAAAGCACCAUGUUUAAUAUUUGAAGCAGUCUAUAAAGUUAUCAAAGUACAUUUAAUAGUAACAGAACUUCAUUGAAUGAGGUGUGAAUUCAAUAAGCUGAUUUCUAUACACUAAAGCCUAUUAUAGAGUUUUGGUGUCAUUUAGAAAUUGUAACGUCACAUGGUGCCUUAUUUCCAAGCAUCUGUAUUGCUAUGUGACGUAUAAAAGUGAGGAUCACUUUGCAUGGUUCAUUUGUGCCAGUUUUAAACUUUCAUAAUUAUUCAGCUCAGGAGAAAUAUCAAACCUAUUGACCUGUUUUACGGCAGUAAAGGGCUUUCUUUUGUUCUGAUGGUUUCUGCCAAGGAGUAUACUGUGAUCUGAGAGCACCGUUAGAGCUUCUUCACCGUCUUGUUGUCAGGUGAUGUCCACAUGAUAAAGGGAAAAUCAGAUUACAAAGCGAAAAUGUUUUGGAUAAAAUUUCUGUACUUGUUUGUGCCAUAUGUCUUUUUUUUUUUUUAAGCAUCGUUUGAUUUUAGCACCCUGAUCUGUUUGCUUACAACUAAUGGUAAUAAUUGAUACAAAAACAUUUUUUUUAAUUUUUAUUUUUUUUACUUGGGUUAUGUCAAACUUUUGUGCAAAAUAGGGGAACAAAAAGAUCCUGAAAAACAUGCCAUAACGUGUAGGAAUUGAGACUAAAAUGUUAUUUAAUCGGAGAAAACAUUUUUUUUUAAUGCUGCUUUUAUAGGAUUAAUUUAAUUAUUUCUUCCAUCCUUCCCUGGAAUCGCUAUGUAAGUGCUAAACCACUGUACUCACACUUUGUAUUGCAAUAGUUCUGUUUUGAGACGUUUUGUAUUUUUUUGAUUUGACAAAUGAGCACAUUGUGUGUUAAUUAAGGCUGAUCUUUGGUUCUGUGUGCCAACUUACAGAGUUUUAUCAAUUGUCCUUUUAAUCAGGGAUUAAAAAAAGCAGUUUAUCUUUACUUGAUGCUGUGUUUUUUGUUUUUGUAACCAACCUGUCAUCAGAAAUUAUUCCUGCUGUGGUCCAGUUAGUUCUUUAAGGUUUCUUUUGUUACACAAAAAUCUGAGAGAAAAAAGAGGAGAAGAAAAUAAGUGAUUUGAAACCCAAAAGAGAUUUUAAUACAAGUUAAAGCUGUGAGAACUUAGGUUGUUUUUAUAUACAUUUGGAAUCAAUUAGGACAAUAGCUAUUACAGGGUGGUGAUUAAAAGUUUGAACAUCCAUUCUAAGCAUAGUUAUCAUUCAUUUUUGUUUAUUUAUUUUAAAAAUCAUUUUAAUGGUUGAAUUAUGCUACAAAUGACUCAAAAUCAAGAAUUGAGUGCAAAGUUUUAUGGGUGGUUGACAAAUAACACAACGUUUACUGUCCUAAUGUUGCGUACUGAUAAAAAUGUAGAAUUUAUAAGGAAAUACGUGUAAAUGUUGCUCUGUCAAGAUAUAGAACAAUAGUACCAAAGAUGUUGCAAGUGGGUUAUGGUUCCUACCUAGAAUUUUGAUCCAAACAAAAAUAUCAUACGGAGCGACUGUCUGGUAUAUGUGUGACCUCGCAAAUAAGAGAUUUUCCUAAUUACUUUUAAAUAUUUGACAAUUUUCCAGUACAUAUAAAAUGAUUCUAGCCACAUAAAAUGGUGAUGUUUAUGCAUAAUGUCAAAACGAGUUCAGACCAAAUACAUUUUGUCGGCACAAUGGGUGUCGUGGUGUGACAUCAUAAUGUACAUUUUGAACUGGCAAUAAUUUGCACAUGCUAAGGAUGAAAAGGACUAAUCCCAAAUGUGUGAUUACAGUAGUAUCUCUGGAGUCAUUUGCAAACUAAUGAAGUCAGAUCAGCUUUUUUUUUCUUUUUUUUGUCAAAAGGCUAUGAAUCUGACAUUGCCAACAGUGGUCACACUCUUGUGUCUUACGGUGUGAUAUUUUCAUCAAAAUGAAAUACAGACCCUGUAAGGAGUCCUUAAGAAAAGGAGGAAAAAGCAAAUAGCUUUCACCAGCUCGCAUACAGACAUGGCUAUAUAAGAGGCUGGAGGUCUAGGCCAUAAACAUCAUUGUAAUAUUGUGACUACCAGUACUACUACUUACUGUGAUAAUAAAUGGUUGAAAGUCUUAAUAUAUAUUUUCCUUUCAUCAGGUAUGAAGAAACAAAAAGGAAAAACUAAGCUAGCCUUCUGUCUCUACAUGCCUAUGAAGCACCCAGAAUAUGUACAGCUGUCUAUCCUAUGCAAGUGUAUAGUUAAUGAAAAUCAAAAGGAAGAACAUGGAGCUUACGUAUAAACUGAAAGAGGAACAACUAAAAGCAGAAAGAACUAUAAAUGGAAAACAAAGCAUCCUUGAUAAACUAAUAGUGAAGCUUUUUUGGUGCAGACCCUCCCCAAAAGUGGCUAGUAAGGAAAAAAGGGUUUAGUUCAACAUUUGAAGUUCUCAUGUAAUUUGUUUGCUCAGUUGUUUUAAGUGUAAAAUAAAUUAAUAAAAAAAUUGCAUUGA